CUUCAAAUCUGUUAGUUCUAACCAUUAUGCUUUCAGCUUUCUAUGAAUACUUUGAUAUGAGCCAACACCAAGAAAACAGGAAAUGGGCUUUCCUGUCCUGGCUCUUCAAACCAGUACUAAGGAAGGAAAUGAUCAGGAAAUUCCUUUGAGGGAGGAAAGUGUGGUUUGUUUUGUAUGCAAAUAUUCGCUAGCAGAAGUAGGAUGAGAAAAGAAAAGAGGCCGUCCAUUUUAUGGUUAGCUUGAAAUCUUUGACAAGCAACUUAUAAGCUGAGCGGAAUACAGGCAAUCAUCCACAUUUUACUUGUUUUCUUUGAAAGAGAGAACGACAAAGGGAAGGGAGGAGGGUGGUACAGGCAGAGGAUAUCAUGUGUGUGCUAUAACUAAGGACAAGGAGCGCACAGAGUUGGGAAAUAAGACGCAAGGCAGAAGCUGCAGACGCCGUCCCUUUAUUGGCCAGAACCGGCAACAAAGACAAAAGAGGUAAAGCCUCAGAAGCCAAGACUCAGGCGUUCUGCCUCGUUAUUCCUCAGAUUCCAUGUGCCACUGGCAUCGCGUCGAGGGCAAAUAGGAUGUCCGUGUCUGGAAAAAAGGAGUUUGACGUGAAGCAGAUCCUCAGGCUCCGCUGGCGCUGGUUCAGCCACAGCACUCAGACCUCAGCUGGGAAUGGGGGCUACAUCCAGCAGGAAGGUUUCGACCACCGGGGAACACCGGUCCGGCUGAAGAGUCACUCCCGGGACAGAGGAGGACUCCGCAAGAGCAACAGCCCGGCGCACAGCAUUCUGGCACCGAACCCUGGACCCACGCCUGUUUAUGUCAGGCCGGGCGAUCAAUCAUGGCACCAGCAAAACAUCAUCCAGCACCUCCAGGCUAGCGAGGAGCUUCCCAAGAGCAACUCACCUUGCAGUGCCAGGAAAGAGGAGGCGAAGAGCAGCCAUGAGGACAUGAAGAGCAAUCCGGAGGAUCCCUGUGAGGAGGAAGCCACAGACAGGUUGGCUUUGAGCAGUUUCUCUAGGAUGAGCUCCAACUGCUCUGAUGAGUUUUUCCAGGCCACAAACCAUGCGGAACAGACCUUUCGAAAGAUGGAGACCUAUCUUCAGCACAAGCAGCUGUGUGAUGUACUUUUGAUAGCUGGAGAUCACAAGAUCCCCGCACACAGACUUGUCCUGAGCGCAGUUUCAGACUAUUUUGCUGCCAUGUUCACCAAUGAUGUGAGGGAGGCAAAACAAGAGGAAAUUAAAAUGGAGGGUGUGGAUCCUGAGGCGUUGCGAGCACUGGUUCAUUUUGCAUAUACUGGAGUCCUGGAGCUAAAAGAGGAGACAAUUGAAAGUCUUUUAGCUGCCGCUUGUCUCCUCCAGCUCUCACAAGUUAUUCAGGUCUGCUGUAACUUUCUGAUGAAACAACUGCACCCAUCCAACUGCCUGGGGAUCCGUUCGUUUGCUGAUGCUCAGGGAUGCAUGGAUCUCUUGAACGUCGCUCACAACUACACUAUGGAACACUUUCUAGAGGUCAUUCAGAAUCAGGAGUUCCUCCUGCUGCCCACAACGGAAAUAGUCAAGCUUUUGUCCAGUGAUGACAUCAAUGUUCCAGAUGAAGAAACCAUCUUCCAAGCACUGAUGAUGUGGGUUCGCUAUGACGUGCAGCACCGGCAGCAGGAUCUGGGAGUGCUGCUGGCAUAUAUUCGACUUCCCCUUUUACCACCACAGCUUCUUGCUGAUUUGGAGAACAAUAAGAUGUUUUCAGAAGACCUGGAAUGCCAGAAGCUCUUGAUGGAAGCCAUGAAGUACCAUCUUCUGCCAGAGCGCCGUCCAAUGCUACAGAGCCCAAGAACCAAACCACGGAAAUCCACUGUUGGAUCGCUCUAUGCUGUUGGAGGCAUGGACGCCUCUAAAGGGUCUACAACAAUAGAGAAGUAUGACCUUCGCACAAACAGAUGGAUCCAAGUUGGCAUCAUGAAUGGGCGAAGACUUCAGUUCGGGGUGGCAGUGAUCGAUAACAAGCUCUAUGUGGUUGGAGGAAGGGAUGGACUCAAGACCUCUAACAUGGUGGAGUGCUACAACCCAAUUACUAAAGUGUGGUCCACCAUGCCGCCAAUGUCAACCCACAGACACGGAUUAGGAAUUGCUGUGCUAGAGGGGCCCAUGUAUGCAGUGGGAGGCCAUGACGGAUGGAGCUAUUUGAACACAGUAGAAAGGUGGGACCCCCAGGCGAGGCAGUGGAAUUAUGUGGCCAGUAUGUCCACACCACGCAGCACCGUUGGAGUCACUGCUCUCAAUGGAAAGUUAUUCGCCGUAGGCGGUCGUGAUGGAAGCUCCUGUCUGCGAUCGAUGGAAUGUUUUGAUCCCCACACCAAUAAAUGGAGCAUGUGCGCACCCAUGUCAAAGAGGAGGGGCGGAGUAGGCGUGGCCACAUAUAACAGCUUCUUGUAUGCAGUCGGAGGACACGAUGCACCAGCUUCAAGCCAUUGUUCACGUCUCUCUGAUUGUGUGGAGAGGUAUGAUCCCAAAACAGAUACGUGGACCACAGUGUCCUCUUUGAGCGUCCCCCGGGAUGCAGUGGGUGUGUGUCUGCUGGGAGACAGGUUAUAUGCGGUCGGAGGAUAUGACGGUCAGACCUACUUAAACAGUGUUGAGUCCUAUGAUGCACAGAACAAUGAAUGGACUGAGGAGGUCCCUCUAAACAUCGGGAGGGCGGGGGCAUGUGUGGUGGUCGUGAAACUGCCUUAAAGGCUCAGAGUCCCUGAACUGUGACCUCAGAAAGAGGCCUGCGAUGUCAACACCUUGGAAUGCUCUUUUCACGUAGUACACAAAGUUCAUCAAAGCUAUCGUCAACACUGGAUUCAUCCUUAACAGAUUUAGACAUCCGUGUGCCAUUCUGUUUUUGCUCGGAAAUAUUACAGACUGGAAUAAAAGGGAAAAAAUGCUUAUAAGAUUUUACUUAAAUUAUAUGAGACAUUUUAUAUUAAAAGAAUACUUUUGAAAAUGUAUCCAGGCAGAAUUUGAGUUACAGUUUUUCAUUUUAAUAUUUACAUCUUGUUAACCUCAUCACAUUUUUGACAUCUUUUAACUGUAUGAAAAUCAAAUGUAAUUUUAAAGACAGCAGCAUACUUGUUUACUUGUGCAAUUUUGUGGAAAAUGUAUUUUGAUCUUAGAUAAAUGAUUUUAAAAGACCACUGUGAAUACUUCCAGUUGUACGCUUGCAACAAAACACGCUGGUUUACUCAAAAUGUUUGUGAACAUACUCAUACUUUUUUUUUCUGAGGCUAGGGUCAGCACAAUAUUACUUUAGGAAGCUGUCUCUGAAGUAGAAAAAAAAAGCAAAACAUAUAAACAAAAAACACCAAAGUAAUUAGCACGUAUUGGUAAGUUGUUAUUAAAAUGGUAAUAAGGUUUACAGUAGAAAAUAUACUAUUAUAUCAUAUUGAUAUUUCACCUUUAUGUAAAGGUUUUGUAAUUUGUAUUGUACAUAGUCCCUGGUCCUGUGUAAUUUAUCAUUACGUGCUGGCAUGCUAUUUCAAUAUGUUUGAAUGCCAUUACUAAAUAUUUUAAAGACCCUGUGAAAUCACAUAUUGUAUGAACCAGAGGUUGAAGUGGAUAAUAUUAAAAGACUCAUCCAUUUAUUUUUUUAUAGCAGAAGACUUUAGUUUUUUUCACAAAAUGUGCAUAUUAGAGCUGCACAAUUCUGGAUAAAUUGGGAUUCACAUUUUUUUGUUUGUUUAAAAACAGAUAAUGAUUCUCCUGUGAUUCUGAAUAGACAACUACAACAAUUCAACAAUUAAUUAUCUUCUAAAAAAUGGUUUAAAUAGUCUUUAUUUGCUAUAUUUAGGGGUGGGCGAUAUACCAGUAGACACGAUUAACUGGUAGAAAUUUGUCACCACGUAGAGAUUAUGGACUAUCAUCUCGCGGUUACACGCUUGUGUGACUUUGCUGUGCUACGUGGUUACGAAAAUGUAAAUGUUUUUAUGCAUUGCAGAUUAAAAACAAGUUAUUUAAACCAUUAAAGCGCAACCAGAAGCGAAAGAGAACUCAUUUUAAUAAAUGCGUGAAGACUGUGCUUAUAGAAUGCGGGAGUAUUAAAGUUAUUUUUGCCACUUUAUGGGCCUUGAACUGAUAAAUACACACACUUGUAUGCAGUGUUGUGGGUAAUGCAUUACAAGUAAUGCAAGUUAUGUAAUCAGAUUACUUUUUAAGUAACUAGUGAAGUAACGCAUCACUUUUUAAUUUACAAGAAAAUAUCUUACUUUACCAAAUAAGUAAUGCCAGUUAUUUUUUUUCCCCAUUUAUUGAUUGAAAGCUCUCCAGUCCCCAUGUUGAGAGAAACUGGGAGUAAGCUGUUAGUUUAGUUUAGUUACUUUAGUUAGUAAAUGUGAACAUGCAUUAAUUUAUGAAAACAAAAAACAAAAAACAGAUUCAGUAUUUCUCAAAAUUAAUAAAAGCAGUGAAAUGCAAAGCUUAAAUAAUUUAAAUGUUAAAUAAUAUAAAUAUCCCUUAUGUAUUUGAUUCCAUUUUAUUAGUGUCUUUGCUGCUGACCUUCAAUGAUCCAAUUCAACCAUACUAAUAAGCAAAAACUACUCAAGAUAAAUUAACAUUUGUUGUUCUUUUUUUUUAUAUUGCUGAAGAAUGUUGAACUUUGUUCUUCUGCAUUUGACUAUACAGACGUGAAUUUACUUUUCUUUCAGCCUAAGGCUUUUGGUGUGAAAGUGCUUUUACAUUUGCCAAAAAUAGAACUUUUUAUGUUAAAACAAACAAGCAAGCCCUGCUCAGAUUUAAAAAGUAAAGCAUUACUUUUAAAAGUAACUUAACUUGUAACACUGCUUAUAUGUGUCAAAAUGUCCAUCUUUGGACUUAUCCUCAUAAACACAGUAAUUUAAGUCUUAAGUGAAAGCAAACAGCUGAGAAAGAAAAGUUGUGCAACAGUAUAUUGGAUCUGGGCAGCUCUUAAAGUGACAGCAGUCUAAUAUUCCUGCUGUCUGUCAUUCAAGUUAUUUAAACAACAAACGAGAGAAAAUCUUUCCCUGCUCUCGACUAAAUCACUUUUGUAACUUUAAUAAGAAAAAAAAAUAUAUAUUUAAUUUACACUGCAGAAUAUGCAGUGUUUUUAUACAUUUGAUUACUUUGUACAAUCGAUUUAUUUGUUCUACUGUUUUUUUUUUGGUUCUACUGUAAUUAGUUUCUUCUUCUUCUUUUUUAAUCCCUCACUGUUUACUUAUCUUCAGUGAGCCUCAGUUUUUUUUUUUUUAAAUUUAGACUAGUAUUAGUUUUUUGUGAUAUUGACGCUAGUAACAAAAACUAUGAAAUGUCUACAUUAUCAGUUAUUUUUAAAUCAUAAAUACCUUAUUUAGCAAAUAUAACUAUGCUGUGAUAUAUUUUGUUACUGUGAAAUAAAAUGACUCAUAUUGUGGUUGUGUCACCACCCCUAGUUCUAGUAUGGGAUGAAUCAGCAUUUUUUAACAAAUUCACUAAUUAAAAAUCUUCCAAGUAAGGAUUCAGUGCUUAACACAGUACAUUUUAAAACAGUCACUUGUCGCCACCUACUGGUGUAACAGUGUAACAAUACAAUCUUAAAGAAGUAGUUCUCUUCCAGAACAAAAAUUUACAGGUAAUGUACUCAUCCAAUAUGUUCAUGUCUUUUUUUUUCUUCAGUUGUAAAGAAAUUAUGCUUUUUGUGGAAAACAUUUCAGGAUUUCUCUCCAUAUAUAUGGUGCCCCAGAGUAUGAACUUCAAAAAUGCAGCUUCAAAAGGCCAGCCAAUGAAGAAGUUAUUUUGUAAAAAAUAAAUUACAAUUUAUAUACUUUUUAACCUCAAAUGCUCUGUGUGAACUCUGUUCUUUUGGUUCCUGACAGUUCUUCGAUCUUGUUUUCUCCUCCAACUUUAAAAUCAUCCUACAUCACUGUUUUACCUUAUUUUUGUAAAGGGUGUUUGAUAUUCUUUGCAUGUUCACUUUGUAAACACUGGGUCAGUACUUCUGUAGCUAUAUAGGACGAUUUUGAAGUUGGAGGAGAAAAUCAGAUGGGAGUUUCUCGACAUACCCUAACUCUCAUGAAUUGAAAUACACAGAGUUCACACAAAGCUAAAAGUAUAUAAAUUGUAUAUAUUUUUUUUCUUUAAGAAAAAGAUCGUUUUGCUAGCUAAGGCCCUUAUUCCUUGGCUGGGAUCGUUUAGAGCCAUUUGAAGCUGCAUUUAAACUGCAUUUAGGAAGUUCAAACUCAGGGGGCACCGUAGAAGUCCAUUAUAUGAAGAGAAAUCCUGAAAUGUUUUCCUAAAAACUAUUUAUUUACAACUGAUGAAAUACAGACAUGAACAUCUUGGAUGACAAGAGGGUGAGUACGUUAUCUGUAAAUUUUGGUUCUGGAAGUGAACUACUCCUUUUCACUAUAAACUUUUAUCCCAGUUCAUCUUUGAUAAUUAGAAUGUUUGUAACAGAAAUAAUGAUACUUAAUUAUUUUAACAAUUAAUUGUGCAGCUCUAGUGUAUAUCUGCUGUUUUUUUUGUCUGUACACUAGUUUACAGACAUGGACUAAAUGCCACAGAACUCUUGAUUUCACAGGGUUUUUAACCAUGAUGUCAAAAUCAGUCAUUAAACAAUCUAAAUUCUUGCUUUGUGAUGUACUGACAUUCAUCUGUUUUUCUGACAUGUUUUAUUCAAGAGCCUCAUUACCUGUUUGACUUAACUGGAAUGUAACAUGCUGAUCAAGAAUAAGUUUACUAGUGUGACACAUUUGUACUACAGAAAUGCUUUCAUUGAAUUUUUCAUUGUUUUAUAUGGCAUGCUGAAGAAUCUUAGAAAUAAAAAGUUAUUCUCUUU